CCACGCCCUUUCGCGUUCACGUCCAGCGUCCCGGCAGGAUUGAUUGAGGACGACUGGACUGCCAUUACGCCUGCGCAAGGAGCCCAAGGCUAGAGCCGCUAGGCUGCCCUGCCCGAAGGGCUCAACUGUCAGUGAGCCUGCGCAGGAGGCUAAUAGGCUGCCAAUACUGCUUGGACUCCCCGCCAGGGCCCUGCUGUCAGUGCGCCUGCGCGCGGGCCAGGCGCCGAGGUUCUUGACUUUGCUGUGCUGGACGCCGGGUGUAGCCAUGCAGCAAGCCGACUCCGACCAGCCCUCCAAGCGUCCCCGUUUCGAUGACAGCCCAAGAACCCCCUCAAACACCCCUUCCGCAGAGGCAGACUGCUCCCCGGGCCUGGAACUCCAUCCCGACUACAAGACAUGGGGUCCGGAGCAGGUGUGCUUCUUCCUCAGGCGCGGUGGCUUUGGAGAGCCGGCGCUGCUGAAGAACAUCCGAGUUCCUUGGGGGAGAGGAAGAAGCUGCUUAGUUAUAUCCAGCGAUCGGGUCAAAUCCACGUUGAUACAAUGAAGGUUAUUAAUGAUCCUAUCCAUGGCCACAUUGAGCUCCACCCUCUCCUCGUCCGAAUCAUUGACACACCUCAAUUUCAACGUCUUCGAUACAUCAAACAGCUGGGAGGUGGUUACUAUGUUUUUCCAGGAGCUUCACACAAUCGAUUUGAGCAUAGUCUAGGGGUGGGGUAUCUAGCAGGGUGUCUAGUUCGCGCCCUGGGUGAAAAACAACCAGAGCUGCAGAUAAGUGAACGAGAUAUUCUCUGUGUUCAGAUUGCUGGACUUUGUCAUGAUCUCGGUCAUGGGCCAUUUUCUCACAUGUUUGAUGGACGAUUUAUUCCACUUGCUCGCCCGGAGGUGAAAUGGACGCAUGAACAAGGCUCAGUUAUGAUGUUUGAGCACCUUAUUAAUUCUAAUGGAAUCAAGCCUGUCAUGGAACACUAUGGUCUCAUCCCUGAAGAAGAUAUUUGCUUUAUCAAGGAACAAAUUGUAGGACCACUUGAAUCACCUGUCAAAGGUGUUUUGUGGCCAUAUAAAGGGCGUCCUGAAAGGAAAAGCUUCCUUUAUGAGAUAGUGUCUAAUAAAAGAAAUGGCAUUGAUGUGGACAAAUGGGAUUAUUUUGCCAGGGACUGCCAUCAUCUUGGAAUCCAAAAUAAUUUUGAUUACAAGCGCUUCAUUAAGUUUGCCCGUGUCUGUGAAGUAGACAAUGAGUUGCGUAUUUGUGCUAGAGAUAAGGAAGUUGGAAACCUGUAUGACAUGUUCCACACUCGCAACUCUUUACACCGUAGAGCUUAUCAACACAAAGUUGGCAACAUUAUUGAUACAAUGAUUACAGAUGCUUUCCUCAAAGCAGACGACUAUAUAGAGAUUACAGGUGCUGGAGGAAAAAAGUAUCGCAUUUCUACAGCAAUUGAUGACAUGGAAGCCUAUACUAAGCUGACAGAUAACAUUUUUCUGGAGAUUUUAUACUCUACUGAUCCCAAAUUGAAAGACGCACGAGAGAUUUUAAAACAAAUUGAAUACCGUAAUCUAUUCAAGUAUGUGGGUGAGACCCAGCCAACGGAACAAGUAAAGAUUAAAAAGGAGGACUAUGAAUCUCUUCCAAAAGAGGUUGCCGCUGCUAAACCCAGAGAAUUGCUGGAAGUAAAACUGGAGGCUGAAGAUUUUAUAGUGGAUGUUAUCAACAUGGAUUAUGGAAUGCAAGAAAAUAAUCCAAUUGAUCAUGUUAGCUUCUAUUGUAAGACUGACCCCAACACACCAAUCAGGAUUACGAAAAACCAGGUUUCACGACUUCUGCCAGAGAAAUUUGCAGAGCAGCUGAUUCGAGUAUAUUGUAAGAAGAUGGACAGAAAGAGUUUGUAUGCCGCAAAACAACAUUUUGUUCAGUGGUGCGCAGACAGAAAUUUCACCAAGCCUCAGGAUGGCGAUGUUAUAGCCCCACUCAUAACACCUCAGAAAAAGGAAUGGAACUACAGGACUUCAGUCCAAAGUCCAACUCGCCUCCGAGAAGCAUCCAAAAGCAGACUCCAGCUUUUUAAAGAUGACCCAAAGUGAACGUCUGUAGUCGGCUGUUUACAAACUCCCUCCCCUGCACAAUUCAUUUAGGGGCUUCACUCCUAGAAUUCUGCACAAUUAUGAUAACUCAUGCUUUAAUUUUGCAGUUUGAAUGUACACGCAUGCUGAAGCUAAGUAAUUUUUAAUCAAAGAAAUAAGAUGGUAUUAGGCAAAUCUUACUAUACUAUGAAAAGUAUUACCUUGCCUAUUUUUAGUAUUAUUAAAGUCUUUCUCCUUCGGUAGUCUAUUUUCUUAGAAUAACAACUCUUUUAUCUACUCUGAACUCUCUUUUUUUUCUUUUUUAAAAGACAAGGUUUUGCUCUGUUGCCCAGGCUGGACUCGCACUUUCCUGGGCUCAAGUGACCCUCCUGCCUUAGCUUCCCAAGUAGCUGGGACUAUAGGCAUGUGCCACCACACCCAGCUUACUCUGAACUUUUAUGACGGAUGAUUGUUUUUUGUUUUUAAUGUAGAAAUGAGACAAGGGUACAAAUUGGAAUUAGAAGUUGACAUUGUCAUAGACAAACAUGGCUAAAAACAAAACAUCAGAUCCUACCCCGGUGAAGAGUUCCCUAUCACUUCAAGUUUGAGGACAGUCCUCUUCAAGCAUAGGCGAAAAACACCUCCCCUCACCCUUUUAGCCCCCUACAAGGUGCCAAGUUGAGGUAAACAGUUGGAGAUGAUGGCCAGGAGUGGCCUCCAACACACUGGUGAGAGGCCUGAUUAGGUUUUGGGGAAGAUCUGAGAGCUCAGGCCUCCUCAUGAGUGGAGCCUAAAGCCGCCUCUUGUUGGGAGAUCCCUACCCCCAGUGACAGAGGAAUGCCCCAAACUAGGCUGUGCCCUGGCUCCGUGGCGGUUCCAGACCUGGGCAGUGCCUUUGUCUCCUGAAUACUCACUCCCCCGGUCCAGAGGGCCUUCCCACUGCCCCGCCUGGAGAAAGCCUCCCCUGACCUGCUCUCUCAGUAUCCUGGAGAGCUGGCUAGAGGCUGUCACAGGCACCAUCCUCAGAGCUCCUCAGACCUGGGACUUUGUUUUUGCUGGUUCGGUGCAUUUUGUGUAUUUAAGAGCAAACACUAGCCGGGCGUGGCGGCGUGCGCCUGUAGUCCCAGCUACUUGGGAGGCUGAGGCAGGAGAAUCGCUUGAAACCGGGAGGCGGAGGUUGCAGUGAGCCAAGAUCACGCCAUUGCACUCCAGCCUGGGUGACAGAGUGAGACUCCAUCUCCAAAAAAAAAGAAAAAAAAAAAAAAGUGCAAACACUGCACUGCCUGUGGGGAAAUUAGUGACUGCCCAGUGGGUUCCAGGCUCCCCUAGGUAACUUCGUUUUCCCAGCAGUGGAGGGGGCACCACCUUGGUGGGGCAGUGUCCCUGUGCCCAGGGCACACCUUAUUCCCAGUUCUAUAGCAAUUCACCAAGAACAAAGUCUGCAGGGCCAGGCGCAGUGGCUCAUGUCUAUAAUCCCAGCACUUUGGGAGGCUGGGGCGGGCGGAUCACAAGGUCAGGAGAUCAAGACCAUUCUGGCUCACAUGGUGAAACCCCAUCUCUACUAAAAAUACAAAAAAUUAGCCGGGCGUGGUAGUCUCCUGAGGCAGGAGAAUGGCAUGAACCCGGGAGGCGGAGCUUGCAGUGAGCCGAGAUAGAGCCACUGCACUCCAGCCUGGGUGACAGAGCGAGACUCCGUCUCAAAAAAAAAAAAAAGUCUGCAGUUAGAGCCAAAGCUGGUGGUGGCCAGAGGGUGCUGAAGAUGCAGGCUAGUGGGGAUAGGAGCCAUGAGCCCCGAAUGUCUUCCGCUCUGGUGCUCCCCGGACUAAGCCUCCCUGGCACACUGGGAGUGAGGGGCAGCCUGAGCGUGUAGGGGAACUCAGACCACAGGCCAGCAGAUUUCCCAGUAGUCUGUCACUGGCCACCGUGUAGCCAGAUUCUGUUCCGUCCACACUGGGGUGAAGAGUACUUGGAAUGUCUGCCAUCCUGUAUGAUCGCCUCACCCCCCCACCGCCCCCCUCCACUCCAUCCAUCAGUAGAUAAUAGGGGUUGGUUACAAUUCAUAAGAGAAUAGUUAAAACCCUUCUCCUCUCAUGCCUACCAUGGUAUUGGGGCAAUCUGUUCACAUAUGGGCUCAGCAACGCACAAGUGAGGUCAGCCAUGGCACUAAGUCAUUCCCAUUUUAGCCAAGGUGCCUCAGGAAUGUCAUAUUGUGUUAAAAUCAUUUUAUUUCUGUGUAUCUUACCUUUAAAUCAUUGUGAUUUACUCUGAGAUUCUGUAGUCCUAAUACUGUGUCACUGUGCUGUCUGUGAAACAACUUGAAUGGAUUUUGUUUGCAUCUUUUGUUACAUGUAAGGCAGCUUACUUUAUGUUCUUUGCAGCUGUUUUCAUUAUGAUAACUCUGCGCUAUUUACAAGGUUACAUUUUCCUUAAGAAACAUCUUGGCCAGGCGAAGUGGCUCACACCUGUAAUCCCAGCACGUUGGGAGGCCGAGGUGGGCGGAUCACUUGAGGUAAAGAGUUCGAGACCAGCCUGGCCAACAUGGCGAAACCUAGUCUCUGCUAAAAAUACAGAAAUUAGCCAGGCAAAAUUGUGGUGGUGUGUGCUUGUAAUCCCAGCUACUCUGGAGGCCGAGGCAGGAGAAUCACUUGAACCGGGGAGGUGGAGUGUGCAGUGAGCCAAGAUAGCUACUGCACUCCAACCUGGGAGUCAAGAACGAAACUCUGUCUCAAACAAAAAAAAAAAAAAAAAGGAAAGAAACAUCUUUGCUAUUUGUAUAAAAAUGGAAAUUUUAACAGCUUAGCCUCUAGAGAGUUACUGAACGUGGUUACCCUGGGAAUGUAAAUAGAACUGCAAAUUAAAAUGACUGGCCACUUCAACUGGGUAAGGGAAACAGCUGCAAUAAAGCUUCGUGAAUGUAUCUCCA